GAUGCUUCCUUGUUGGUUUGUGAUAUGUUGUAUCACAUUAUUGAUUACUUAUUACAUUAUUUCGUCAUAGCUGUGUAGUAUAACAAAUGUUUAAGACACAUACAGCAUCAGUUGUCCCGCACUGACCAUGACUGACCAGCACUUUCUGGACAACAUCUGGCGUACACUAGGAACAUGGGGGCGUUACCAGCGAAUUCAGAUGGCCUUACACAUGGCGACCUAUGGGAGCGAGGCCUUCCAACUAAUGAUCAUAGUGUUCAUUGGAUAUCGUCCAUCGUACCAAUGUGCUGACCUCGGGAAUACGACCAGUAUGUAUGACACACUGUCGAACGCCAGUCUCACUCCUCUGUACCAAGCCUGUCACGUAGAUAUCCUCAUAAAUGGUACCAACACGACUCUGAUGAAACUGUCACCAUGUCCGGCAGGAUAUACGUACGAUCUAGAGAAAGAUCGAACGUUUGUUACAGAGUGGAAUCUCGUGUGUGAUGGAGCGGAGAGAGCAGAAAUCUCCCAAAUGUUACUGAUGAUCGGACAGAUGGUGGGGGCAGCCUUGCUUCCUCAGCUAUCAGACAGAUUCGGACGCAAGUUGGUUCUGGUGACGUCACAUAUAGUUCUAUUCGCCGCAGGAGUGACCGCUUCUCUCGCACCAACUUUCAUUGUGUUUGCCAUUAUGCGGUUCAUUUGCGGCGUGUCACAUCAGGGAGUGUCUAUGACUCGGACAGUGAUGACUAUUGAACUACUUCCGGCAGAAUCCAGAUACAUGACUGAAGUACUCGGGGUAACUUUCUGGACAUGCGGCAUCAUCGUAAUAGCUCCAGUUGCUUACCUCCUUCGGAACCUCUCGUGGCGAAACACCUACCUUAUCAUGACAAUGUACUCUGCAUACAGUCUUGUCGGCUAUUGGUGUGUAUACAACACAUAUUGUUUGGAUUAUAAUGCUAUGGUAACCAAUAGCAAUGUAACCAAAUAA